AUGCAUGUAUAUACCUGUAUGCAUGUAUAUGGCUGUAUGCAUGUAUAUGGCUGUAUGCAUGUAUAUGGCUGUAUGUAUGUAUAUACCUGUAUGCAUGUAUAUGGCUGUAUGCAUGUAUAUGGCUGUAUGUAUGUAUAUGGCUGUAUGCAUGUAUAUGGCUGUAUGCAUGUAUAUGGCUGUAUGUAUGUAUAUACCUGUAUGCAUGUAUAUGGCUGUAUGCAUGUAUAUGGCUGUAUGUAUGUAUAUGGCUGUAUGCAUGUAUAUGGCUGUAUGCAUGUAUAUGGCUGUAUGCAUGUAUAUGGCUGUAUGUAUGUAUAUGGCUGUAUGUAUGUAUAUGGCUGUAUGUAUGUAUAUGGCUGUAUGCAUGUAUAUGGCUGUAUGUAUGUAUAUGGCUGUAUGCAUGUAUAUGGCUGUAUGUAUGUAUAUACCUGUAUGCAUGUAUAUGGCUGUAUGCAUGUAUAUGGCUGUAUGUAUGUAUAUGGCUGUAUGCAUGUAUAUGGCUGUAUGCAUGUAUAUGGCUGUAUGCAUGUAUAUGGCUGUAUGUAUGUAUAUGGCUGUAUGUAUGUAUAUGGCUGUAUGCAUGUAUAUGGCUGUAUGCAUGUAUAUGGCUGUAUGCAUGUAUAUGGCUGUAUGUAUGUAUAUGGCUGUAUGCAUGUAUAUGGCUGUAUGUAUGUAUAUGGCUGUAUGUAUGUAUAUGGCUGUAUGCAUGUAUAUGGCUGUAUGCAUGUAUAUGGCUGUAUGUAUGUAUAUGGCUGUAUGCAUGUAUAUGGCUGUAUGCUGUGUAUAUGGCUGUAUGCUGUGUGUAUGUGA